AUGUCGAGCCCUCCUUUUAUAGAGUCUCCUCAAACACCAUCAUCCUCUUUUAAUCCAUCAGCCGUUGACUCUUCAUCCACUAUACCAGCAGACGACUCGUUUUCUGAAGAUGGUUAUAAGCAGUUAAAGCGCAAGCUGCGGGAAAUCAUGGAGAUCAACGAUUCCAUGUCCAAACAAUACAUACGAGCCAAAAAGAAAAUUCGGACACUGACUUUUGAGCGAAAUGUGCUAUUGGACAACAUUGGACGAACGGAUACAUUAUCGGAUGACGACAGCAGCGAUCUACCAAGUGGAUUAUCAGAUGCUGAUAGCGAUUUAGAUGAAUUAUUGCCAUUACAUUCUUCUUCUAAAGCCAUCCGACGCCGUGUGACAUCGCAACCCAGCUCCUCAGCCUCUCCUAUCGAAAGCCCUUCUCGGAAGCAAACGCGUGACAUGGCAACGGUCGCGUCUGCACCCCCAAAACGAUCCAAAAUUUCCCGUGUCGCCGUAAAAACUCGCCGUGUACAACCUAUCGAUCGUGAUGAAAAUGGUCAACCACGGCUACCACAACAAAUUGGCGUCCUUACAGUACAUGAUUUGGGAAGGAUCGUUAGCGACCGUGACUCUUUUCACAAUGAACGUUAUAUCUUUCCUGUUGGUUACACUGUUAGCAGAACGUAUCCAAGCAUGGUGGAUCCUGCCAACAAUACCGUUAUUACAUCAACCAUUUUGGAUGGUGGUGAUGGACCACGUUUCCAUGUGGUGGCGGCUGAUAUGCCCGAUCAACCAAUCAUUGCCAAUUCAGCUACAGGUGCCUGGACAGUGGUUGUGCGACGAUCAAACGAAAUCCGUAGCCGUGAACACUCUAAUUCUGCUAGUGGACCUGAUUAUUAUGGCUUUAAGCAUCCUACCAUCGCCAAGCUUAUUCAAGAUCUACCAGGCACUGAAAAGUUACGUUAUUAUGUGGCACAGAACUUUGAGGAAAUGGAACCACGUGCAGCAAAAGGUGUGAUGGCAGCAGCGGUAAAGAAACGAUCCAACAUUGAACAGCUUGGAAAUGCAAAUAGGCGAGCACCAAGGGAAGAUGAAAGUGGCAGUAGUACAGGAGGUGGACCUAUUGGUGAUGAGAUGGUUAUUCAAGAUAGCGAAAAUACAUCCGUUGUAUCAUCGGCAGGAGGAAAUCAAGAUGAAGAAACUACAACAGCUCCCAAAAUGCACAACUUGUUAUCAUCAUCGACAUCACCACCACCCAAUGUAUCACCAUCAUCAUCAUCAACAUUACCACCCAUUAAUCCAUCAUCUGAUUUGCAACCACCACCACCAGCACAAUCAUCUACACAACCUUCUCAGCAAACCAUCUUGCCAUCAUCAUCCGAGUUAGCAGCAACAACAACAGCACCACCACCUCCACCUCCACCUUCAAUGCCAGUUGCACAGGAUCCUGAUAAUGAUGUAAAUAUGGUGGAUGACGAGGUUGAUCAACUCGAGCCUAGUGAUGAGGAAAUGGAAUGA